AUGAAACUGCCACAAGGCUUGCUGGUCAUUGCUUGUAGAGGUGUGGACUUUCCAGCUGUGGACUGGGUCGUCCAGGCAGGCGGUUGCCUGGUGCCAUCGUGGCGUCUGCACAGCUUGAGGGAUUCGAAGGCUGACUGCCCAGACACAGUGGACUCCUACAUCCAUCGCACGGGCAAGUCGGCGCUUUUCUUGCUGCCGUCCGAGAAGCCUUUCGUGGACAAGUUGCUUCAGGCGCGCGUGGGCGUACGAGCCAUCAAUGCGAAGCAGUCGAAAGUUGUGUCUAUACAACAGAAGCUGGCCUCGGUGCUCGCCGAAUCCGGGGACAUUCGCCACCUCGCCCAGAGGGCCUUUGCCUCCUAUGUGCGUUCAGUGCGGCUCAUGAAAGACAAGGACAUCUUCGACUUCGAGGCUCUCCCCAAGGCUGCCUUUGCAGAGUCUUUGGGCUUGGCCGAUGCGCCGGAGAUCGGAGCCGAUUGGGAGGAUGAGGACACCGAGCACAACAAGCUGAAGAAACGGAAGAACCAGUCUGCCUUGCAGCGCCUCAAAGACAAGAUACGAGAAAAGAAGCAGGCCGGAAAGCAAGUGCCAAAAAUGGAGGAGGAUGCAGAGGAGGAGCUGGAGCUGGAUCAGCCGCACAGCUCGAAGAAAAAGAUUGGCAAAUGGGAGCGCCGCCAGCGACGCAUCGCUGCGGCAAGCAAGGCAGGGGCAGGCUCAGAGCCUGCAAAGGCAGCGGCGGAGGAAGAUUUCUUGGAGCUCGUUGCAGAGCAAAGGGAAGGCUUGGAGUCUCAAGCUGUGCUUCCGAUAAAGAAGCGCCUGAAGAUUCGCAAAGAUGGAUCAGCUCAGGCGAGCGGACAGCACGUUUUCUUCACCGGAAAGGACGGUGCAAAAGCCAGCUCCGAGUUAGCGCAGUUGGCAGACGAACUCCGUGCAGAGGCCUCGCCAGAUCAAGGCGAGUCUCGGGCCAGCUUUCUGAGACGAGUGCAGGACGACCUCGCCACAAGAGAUUCCUCCGAUGCAGCUGCGAGCCGUUCACGCAUCCAGAAGCGCCAUCAGACCAUGCGCCGCAAAGAACGAGCAGCAAAAGGCGCGCAGGAUGACGAAGAGCUGGACUGCGAGUCUGAAAGUCCGCCCCCUUCACCUGCACCUCAGCAGACAGAGGGGAGCUUGGAAGAAAGCAUGCCAAAGAGGAAGGCGGCUUCCUCUGUGUCCAAGAUUGCCAGCUUGGACUUGGAAGAUUUGGAGAAGAAGGCCUUGAGCCGCUUGGGUGGGCUCUUCGCAUAA